AUGAAUAUCACGAAAAAAGAGGAUGGCGCUGGCAAACCGCAAGCUCACGUGGAAGACAAGAGAGCUAACGUGCAGGCUAUAGCACAACCCUCGCACAUAGUUCCCCAAGCAAAACCCGAAGCAAAAUCAGGCAGCCAACAUUAUGCCAGCAACUUAAUUAGCGCAACACUUCAAAAAAUGUUUCAUUUUGAUGGUGCAUCUGGUCACUCGAAAUCCGCGAAAAGCUCAAAGACUUCGUCGGCAGGUUCGGAAUCCGAGGAAGACAGCAAUAAGCUAGAUCAUUUACCGGCCUCGAUGUCUGCAUCUCCAAAGCCAAGGUUCCAAACAGCACUUAAUGGUAUGCAUGUUCAUAAUCUUGCACCAAGGAAGACGCAUCGAAUGCAAAACCUCUUUAAAGAACUUGGUCUCAAUGCUCAUAUAUUAGCGGAAGAGCGAGCACAACAAAUUCAUCAUGAACGACCACCUUUCCGACAUGCUAAUACUGAGGCUUCCCUAACGGAAAAAUAUGGAAAAUGCCAGGAAGUGAUCGGCAAGGGCGCAUUCGGUGUUGUCCGUAUUGCUCAUAAAACGGAACCAAAAGUUCCUGGCGAAAAGCUAUUUGCCGUCAAGGAAUUUAAAAAACGAAAUAAUGAACCCAAUAAAAAAUAUGUCAAGCGUCUUACUUCUGAAUUCUGUAUAUCUUCUUCACUUCAGCACAUUAAUGUUAUCGAUACGUUAGAUCUUCUUCAAGAUACGCAGGGAAAUUAUUGUGAGGUUAUGGAAUAUUGUGCCGGUGGUGAUCUUUACUCUUUAAUUGUUAAUUCUGGUGGUUUGGAAACAGAAGAGGCAAAUUGUUUCUUUGGCCAAUUAAUUAAUGGCGUCAAGUAUCUGCAUGAUAAUGGUGUUGCUCAUCGUGAUCUCAAACCUGAGAACCUCUUGCUUACUUCAAAGGGAUGCCUAAAAAUCACCGAUUUUGGCAACGGUGAAUGUUUCCGCAUGGCGUGGGAAACACAAGCUCACCUUUCACGUGGUAUUUGUGGCAGUGAGCCUUACAUUGCACCCGAAGAAUUUACGGAAGCCUGGUUUGACCCCAGACUUGUCGAUGUGUGGGCCUGUGGUAUUAUAUAUAUGGGCAUGAUAACUGGUCGACAACUAUGGCGAAUCGCCAAGGCUCAUGAAGAUAGUAAUUUUAAAAUAUACCUUCAAGCAAGAUCUCAAGGCGAGACGUUAACACCAUUUCAAGGAUUAUGCACUAGGCGACGUCGUAUAAUCAGCAGGAUAAUAGAACCGAAUCCGAAAGAUCGCAUAACCAUAGAACAAAUUACAAAUGAUCCAUGGUUUGCCGGACUAAAGAUUUGCUAUAAACCUCCACCAGCCAACGUUGGUUCUAUAAAUCCUGCCAGUGCUACGUGUGGUGCCAACCUAAAUAAUGAGCAACAAAUGACAAACAUCAACAAUAGAAGUGUGGCUAAUAUGGUGCAAUAG